GCUCGUGAAGAAAUGGCUGAAGAAGGUGCAAUGGAAGCGUCACUUCUCGACAUUUUUGCUUACUCUAAACCGGAACUCCCACUGGCUGCUGUAGCCCUAGUCAGCUCACUAGUUCGGGGAUUGACAUGGCCGCUCUUCUCAAUCAUUUACGGAAAAUUGUUCCUGCUGUUUUCAAGUGAUCCAGAAACUCUGGCAGAGGGAACCACACUAAACUCAAUGCUAUUCUUUACACUGGCCGUCAUAUCGGGGACAGCCACAUUCUUGUCUGGAGCUCUUUUUGGAAUGACGGGAGAAAAAAUGGCGAUGCGACUGAGGAUGGACGUUUUCAGGGUGAGAUUCUAA